AUGAAUGUGAAUUUCUUUGAUAAAUUUGGUGGAAAUGCUUUAUUUGAUGCAUUUGUCAAUGAACAUUUCCAUUUAUGUGAAUUUCUUUAUUCUCGUGGUGCUCGAUUUCCUGAAAAUAAACAAAAAGAAUUCUCUUUUUAUUUGAAUUGUUUUGUUAAUGAAAAUCAUUUCGCUGCAAUUCAAUGUUUAAUGAAAUGUGGUCUAAAUCCAAAUCUGAGCGAUUUCAACGGUGAAAAUGCUUUACACGUAGCUGUGAUGAACAAUCAUUCGCAUCUUGUUCAUUAUUUUAUUGAAGAAACAAAGAUUUCUUUCGCUAACGAUCUACUCGUUACUGAUUAUUUGUCAAACAAUCGUAAAUCUCAAUCAAAUCCUCAUGUUGACAUUCUCAUCGAAAACAAAUCCAAUGAGAAAAUUUCCCAGUCGCUAUUCGAAGGAAGUCCGUGGCCAUAUUUUCUUUGUAAAGACACAAAUGAGAAUAAUCUGAAGAAAAUUUCUGAAUUUGUUCAAUUAAAUCCUCAUGUGAAUAUCAUUGAAUAUGUUGAUUAUGAUUUGCGUUCAAUUGCACAUCUGGCUGUUGUUCAAAAUCAACUUGAAAUCAUUCGAUUUUUAUUUCAAAACUAUGGAACAUCUCAAAUGAAACAAUUAAUGUCUCAAGAAGAUCGAUGGGGUUUUUCACCAUUAGAUGAAGCAUAUCGUCUUGAACAUUUCGAAAUUUAUCAAUUCAUUCAACAAAAUUUCCUUCAAUCAGAAAAUCAAAUUUCGAAAUUUCAAAAUCGAUCUUGGACUUCUUUGUUAAGAAAAUGGAAAAAGGUUUUUCUUUUUUCUUCUUUAGUUAUAUCGAAUGAAGUCGAACAAAUUGAUUCACUUUUUCAACGUGCUCAUUUUAUUUCAACAGAAACUUACGCUGAUUACUAUGGAAGAACACCAAUGCAUCUAGCAGCGAUCCAUGGACAUUUCAAUGUUGUCAAAUUACUUGUUCAGUAUGGAUAUCACAGUACACCAGAUCGAUUCGAUCGUUAUCCCAUUGAUGAAGCAAAACAAAGAAAUUUUCAAGAAAUUGUUCAACUUUUACAAAAAUAA